UCUGAUUUGUGGUGGGUGUUCUUAAUUUUUUUUGGUUAUUUCAAUCCUUAUUUUUCAAGAUUUCUAUGAAUUGUUACCUUCUAGAUUAUAGUGUUUAAUUUUUUAUUGGAUUUUGAACAUUUUUUGAUUUUGUAUUUGAUGAGUGUUAUUUUUUUUAAUUGGAUUUUGAACAUUUAUUUAUUUUGUGUUUGCGCUUCCAAUUUCUUCACCUGGAAUUGGGUAUAUAUUCGAGAAGGAGUAUAAUUUGUGGGUACGUUCUUGUUCAAACCUUCAUUUUCUGGUAUAAUUCGAGAAGGAGGAGUAUACUUUGUGGUUUCAUUGCCUGGUUGCUGACAUUGAGUGUGAGUUUUGGUUUGGCCUGGUUGCUGACUGUCAGUUUGUGUGUUUGAUUUGCAACUUCUAUUUCUUCGAGCAGAAUUUGAUCACGAUUUGAGCUGUUGAAGUAUGGGAGUCCAAUUGAACAGUUGCCUGAUUGGCUUCAAUCCGCCAAGAUUCUUCAGUAUUUCAUGAAUUCAGAUUGUGCCAAGUUGAAACGGUUGAAUCUUGUGCAACACCUUGUAUCUCUUGAAGAAAUCUUUAUCUACAAUUGUCCAAUGCUGCGGUCUCUACCGAAAGCGUUUUACACACUGCCUGACCUGCGCCUACUCGACGUCAGAAACUACGCCAACUUAACUUAUGCACUCAAGGAAUGGUUUUCCAACAUUCAGGUAAUUACUCAAGUGCACUCACUUAUUAUUAGCCUUAGUUUGACAGAUCCUACAAAUCUGUUUCAGAAUUAAUUUUUUUUCAUGUGACUGCAAAUCUGUGAUCUCAACUAUACUUCUUUCUUAAGUAGGAGAAGUUUGGUGCUCAUACUCCAUCUCUCUCUUUAGUGGCUAGUCCUGCUAAAACAAGCUUAUCCUCGUCUUAUUUCAGUUCAAAUUCUAAAGGUAAUAGUCAAUAAGUCUGGGAAGACUCCUUGUAUUGAGAACGAAAAUUAUAAUUUGUAGUUUCAAUUCUGAGUAUUGAGUCGGCAAUUACAAUUUGCUUUUCAAUUAGCCAAUUGUGAAGAUAAGUGCGAAAUUGGCUCACCUUCGAGGAGUUUGAACCGUUUUAGAGGUAAGACGUAGUUUUUAAUUGUAUUAAUUAUGCUUUAUUUCCUUUUCAUUACUGCCUCCAACCCUCAAUCCAGAUGAAGUUGGCAUUUCGAAAGUGGGUCUUCUAGUACUACUAGGGUUCAUCAAAUUGGGAUGUUCACACUGGCUUGAUAUUGUUUUUAGGUAAUUUUACAGUGAUAUGAUCUAACGGAGGUGCAAUAUUUGCAUAUUGUUAAGGAUUUUCUAAGACUAGUAACUUAGGAUAGUGGCUGUGUCAUGACCGUACUUGAGGGAGUUGUAAUUAGGGAUUUAGUUUUCUAUUUGGGUGAAUUUCAAGCUAAGCGAAUCGAUUUUGAUGUAUCCUAUUCAAAAUUUUCAUAUGAAUUAGGUUUUUUAAUUGCGCUGAAUGCUUCUUUUGUGUGCAAUUGAUGUUAAAUUGAUGAUAUUCAAUAUAUGAACUGUCAAUCAGGAGUUCAUGAAUGAAUGAUUUGGUUCACAACAUACCUCGAUCUCCAUCUCUGGAAUGAGUUGCAUCUCAAUUUAGUUACUAAUUCUCUUUUCUAUCAAGAUCGAAUAUUUUACACUGUUUUGUGAGUAAUUGUUGGAAGUUUGAACUGUUUUAAAUGUUAUCAGGUUUAUGAGCCAAAAUUAAUAUAUCCUAGCUUGUUUCAGGCACAAUUAUGUUGAUUUCCUCUCUGGUAGACCCUUCUUUUCCUUGUUUAAGUUGACUGUGUUUUUCCCUUGAUGAUGUAGGCUGCAGUAGUUGGUCCAGGAAACGAACUGGGAAAACCUAUUGAUGUCAGUAAUGCUUCUGAUCAAAUCUUUGGUCUUGUGCUGAUGAAUGACUGGAGUGCUAGAGAUAUUCAGGGGUGGGAAUACAUGCCUCUUUGACCUUUCCCGGGGAAGAGUUUUGGUACAACAAUCUCACCAUGGACACUCUGGAUGCUCUGGAUCCUUUGCUAGUGGUGUCCUAGAACAAGAUCCUCCUUCUUUUCCAUAUUUGGCUGAGAAGACAUCGAAAAACUAUGAUAUACAAUUGGAGGUUCAACUGAAACCCGCUGGGCAGGAGCCUUGUGUAGUGACAAAGAGCAACUUUAACAUUUGUUAAUCUAAUUGGCCAGCGGUAUUGCUAUUAUGCUAUUUAUCCAUUAAUCUGAUGCACAUGAAUCAUUUAUGGUUGUCUUGAAUUGAUACUUGGAUUAAUAUCACAUUCCUUCAAUAGCCUCCUUCUUGCUGCCAACCUGAAACCCAGGAAAUAAAUUCCUUAUAUUUGGUUCCUAGUCUUAUAUUUCAUCUGUUGUUUCUUUCCUUAUGCCAUUAUCAGAUUCAUCUGUUGUUUGUUUCCUUAUGCACAUAUACAGCUCCUGUUAUAUUAGAUUUAUUUCUUGCUGUUUAUUUUUGGACCUAUUUUUCUAGUGCUAUAUUUAACAUCCUGGUAUUUGCACCAUUGUUUAUGUUUGAUGUUUAUAUCCUAGAGUUCCUAUCUUGAGCCACAGUGAAGUUGAUUCCGUCAAACAAGAAUUUGUUUCUAAAUAAGUUGCAAGAUUUUUAUGAGCUGGUAUAUUGACAUGCGAGACGAUUGUUGUAUUCAUUUGGUGACUUUGCAGUCUACUUUUCAGUUGGAUCUUGAUUUCCUGUCUCCUGAAAGCUUAGAGCAGGCAACGAAACUGUCUGAAGUGAAGAGAUACAGUGUCUUACAAUGAUGAAAUGCCUUCUUGUUACGUUCUAGUUUUACCCAUUAACGUUAAUAGAAGUAUUAUUAUCUUCUAAUUUUGAAUUAUAAGCAGCAAAUUUAUUAAGCUAGUAGAAGGAUUUAUUAAGCUGAAUUAUAAGGAUGUACUUCAGCUAAAUAAGGAUGUACAAGUUGUAGGAAGGAAGUACAGGAUUAAGCUGAAUUAUAAUACAGGAAGUACAGGAAGCUAGUAGAAGAUUUAUUAAGCUGAAUUAUAAGAGCUAGCUGAAUUAAUUUAUUAAUAUUAAUUUAUUAAGUCAAUAUAAGCAGUAGAUUUAAUAAUGUACUUCAUGUACUAGCUUGGCACAUCCUUCUAAACCCUCUUAAUAAAGGCCUUAUCGUUGUUCAUGUAAUUCUUGUACUGCAUGCGCUUGGCACAUCCUUUGUUUCAUCUUCACUUGAGUUCUUGUAAUGCAAUGUCUGGUUAUGCUUUACAUUAUUAUGGAUGUUGGAUCUUACUAAAUUUAUACUUC